AAAAAAAAAAAAAAAAAAAAAAUAAGAAUAAUAAUAAUAAAAAAUGUCUACCUGUCUAUUUUUUUUUUUCCACAAACGCACCGCUGCUCGCAGAAAACAGAACUUGUGUUUUUAACUCAAAGAAACCCUAUUUAGACAAACUCAUACCUACUACACGCACUGAAACAAUACCGUCAAUUUGCAUUGAUUAACAAAAUCGUGAUCUUGUGUCACGUUUCGUAAUUACAAAUUACAAAGUACUUAAUUAUAUAUUUUUUUAAAUUUUUCUAACCAGGAUCUCUAUGUAUCGUUUAAUAGCAUUUUCGUGUAUCAUUUAUCAUCAAUUGAAAAUAAUUAAUUGAAAAGUGAAUCACGUUUCCUCGUUAUUCAAAAUGUGAAGCGACUUUGCUUUCUUAUAAAUACGAAUAAGAGAUUCAAAAAUUAUCCAAGUUUCCAACUUACCUUACCGGCUUUGUAAUACACCGUCUGAAUAAUUUUCGUGAAAUUUAAAAAUGGAUAAAAGUACUCAAACAGAUUUUGACCAGUGUUAUUGUGCAGUAACUAGAUUUUCUCAACCUCCUUCUACUUCUCCUAACCAACAGGAACCACCGAACUCAGGAGGAUUGGUUCGACUGAGAUACAAACGUACAGUUUCAAAAAAAUGUUUUUGUAAAUUGAAUAGUGUUUCUCAACCUCCUUCUACUUCUCCUAAACUUCAGCAGUCGCCAAAAGUAGUAGAAUUACCUCUUCCACUUCCUAAGGAAGAUUGGCUCGACUGGGAUACAAACGAACCGACUUAUGAUCCAACGGAGUAUGUAUUAGCCAAUCCAAUUUUAAGGAGUAUUCCACCCAAAAAAUCCAAAAGUUUCAAAAAAAAGUUUAGAGAGGAAGAGAGGAGACGGUUUGAGAAAUUUAGUGCUAGUGAUAGUGAUAAAUGAUUUUAAUAACUAUCUAAAAUGUUCUAUAAUAAGGUACCAUUUUUUUAAUAAUUUAUUUUCAAUAAUUUAUUUUUUCAUUUUUAAGGUACAAUGCCGUUUGAAAAAUUUCAUAAAAAUAUUUAUCACGACUUACGAAAAUUAUUUUCCUGAACAAUGUUCAAAUAUCGAAGAGGGUGGAGUGUUCUAUGAAGAAGAAUAUCUAGAAGGUUUAGUAAGGCUUUGCUUAGAAUGUGGAAGAACAGUGUAUCCCUUGGAUCGUCUUGCGACAGUGUCUAAACAUGAAAAACUGAAGAGUAAACAGACGCUUAAUACUGAUUUUUCUUGUAUGAAGUGUAAAAAAAAUUUACAGGAGAUUUUAAAAACGGA